GCGCGGGGCGCGGCCAUGAGCGAGUCCAGCGCCAGCGCGCUCCCGCCCGGCCGGCCCGGCGGGCGGCCCUUCGCGCACCAAGAGAGCCUCUCUUUGGACUCCAGUUGCUUUUCUUCUCCUCCUGUGAAUUUCCUUCAAGAAUUGCCAAGCUACCGGUCCAUUGCGCGCAAGAGGACGACCAUCCCUUCCCGAGACAAGCAGAGUGACACUUUGCUGAAGCCGACAGACUCCUACAGCUCCCAGCUGGAGGGCGGGAUCACUGAAAACCUCAAUAGCCAAUCCAUUCGCAAGUACGCACUGAACAUCUCUGAGAAGCGGAGACUAAGGGACAUUCAGGAGACCCAAAUGAAGUAUUUAUCCGAGUGGGACCAGUGGAAACGGUAUAGCAGCAAGUCUUGGAAGAGGUUCCUAGAGAAGGCUCGAGAGAUGGCCUCCCACCUGGAGCUGUGGCGGGAGGACAUUCGCAGCAUAGAAGGGAAAUUUGGCACUGGGAUUCAGUCCUAUUUCUCCUUCUUGCGGUUUCUGGUGUUGCUGAAUUUGGUGAUAUUUCUGAUCAUCUUUCUGCUGGUUUUGCUCCCAAUCUUGCUCACGGAAUACAAGAUCACCAACAGCAGCUUCGUACUCAUCCCAUCCAAAGACAAGGAUAUUCAAUGCACAAUAUAUCCCAUAAGUAGCUCUGGACUCAUUUACUUUUAUAGUUAUAUCGUAGACUUGCUCUCUGGCACUGGUUUCUUGGAGGAGACCUGCCUCUUUUAUGGACAUUACACCAUUGACGGGGUGCAAUUUCAGAACUUCACCUAUGAUUUGCCCCUGGCCUAUUUGUUAAGCACAAUUGCCUACCUCACCCUGAGCCUUCUUUGGAUAGUGAAAAGGUCGGUGGAAGGCUUCAAGAUCAACCUGAUCCGGAGUGAGGAGCACUUCCAGAGUUACUGCAACAAGAUCUUCGCCGGCUGGGACUUCUGCAUCACCAACCGCAGCAUGGCGGACCUAAAGCACAGUAGCCUGCGGUACGAGCUCCGGGCAGAUCUGGAGGAAGAAAGAAUACGGCAGAAAAUAGCAGAAAGGACCUCAGAAGAAACGAUCAAGAUAUACUCUUUGAGACUGUUUUUGAAUUGUAUUGUUCUGGCUGUUUUAGGGGCAUGCUUUUACGCAAUCUAUACAGCAACUAUAUUCUCGCAAGAACACAUGAAGAAAGAAAUUGACAAGAUGGUUUUUGGAGAGAACCUCUUGAUAUUGUACCUGCCUUCUAUUGUGAUCACUCUGGCCAAUUUCAUUACCCCGAUGAUCUUCGCCAGGAUCAUCCAGUAUGAGGAUUAUUCCCCAGGCUUUGAGAUCCGGCUGACGAUCCUUAGGUGUGUCUUUAUGCGGCUGGCCACCAUCUGUGUGCUGGUGUUUACCCUGGGCUCCAAGAUUACAUCCUGUGAUAACUAUUCCUGUGAACUCUGUGGCUACAACCAGAAACUCUACCCGUGCUGGGAGACCCAAGUUGGGCAAGAAAUGUACAAGCUGAUGAUCUUCGACCUCAUCAUCAUCUUGGCUGUGACGCUUUUUGUGGAUUUUCCUAGAAAGCUCCUGGUGACCUACUGCCCCUCUUCGAAGCUGAUCCAGUGCUGGGGGCAGCAGGAGUUUGCCAUUCCCGACAACGUUCUGGGCAUUGUGUACGGGCAGACCAUUUGCUGGAUCGGGGCGUUUUUCUCCCCGCUUCUCCCAGCAAUUGCGACCUUGAAAUUCAUUAUCAUCUUUUACGUGAAAGAGAUGAGUCUUAUUUAUACCUGCAGACCCUCCCCGAGGCAGUUCAGAGCAUCCAAUUCUAAUUUCUUCUUCCUGUUGGUGUUGUUGAUUGGCCUGUGUUUGGCUAUAAUACCUCUGACAAUCAGCAUGGCACGCAUCCCUUCCUCGAAAGGCUGCGGGCCAUUCACCAACUUCAACACCACCUGGGACGUGGUCCCCAAGACAGUGAGCACCUUCCCCAGCUCGCUGCAGUCCCUGGUGCAUGGCAUCACAUCCGAAGCCUUCGCGGUGCCCUUCUUCAUGAUCAUCUGCCUUAUUAUGUUUUACUUCAUCGCCCUAGCCGGAGCACACAAGCGGGUGGUCGUCCAGCUCCGAGAGCAGCUGUCCCUGGAAAGUCGUGACAAGCGUUAUCUAAUCCAGAAACUAACAGAAGCCCAGAGGGAAAUGAGGAACCGACUCGACUGACAAUGAAGAUGCUGCUCUGUGUCUCUUAUAAGCUUACCUAGUGACCUGCCGAGCCUGCAAAGGCCGCCUGACUUUUGAGCGGGAAUUUUAAAAUAUAUUUUUCUGGACUUCGGGCCUUUUCUGAAAGUGGAUCCAUACGUGCAGCUGCGGUGGCCGUGUUUACGUAAACCAGCCCCUAUUUAGGGCUUUAGUGACUUAGAAAAGCAGGUUCAAAAGCAAGUCUUUGCCUUAGACCAGCGACUCAGUGACGACUCUACCAAAAAACCAACUUAGGAAGCCGUUGAAGGUUUUACAACAAAAAAUUGAGGAGGAGAGACCUUCUCUAUUUUCAAAAGCUUAUUUGUGUUGUCUUUUAAAGUUAACUGUAGAGGUUGUCCGUUUACAAGGCUGGGUUAUUUCUUUUGAACCAGGUUUAGGUUGAGAAAUGUUCUAAGAAGUAGUAACUCUUUUGAACGGUUCUGUAGACUUAAAAUGGAGGCCAGAUUUUUUUUUUCCCCCUAAAUGAGGAGAAAUCCUUGAAUCGUGAUGUUUGGAACAGAUGGUGGGAACAUGGAGAGGAUGGUUAUGUAAUUUCAGCUCCACGGUAGUAACACGAGAGAAAAGCCAGCUCCUGCUGUGUGAAUGAGCAGCCUCUGAAUGCCUGGAUUAAGCCUUAUGAGGAUGAGAAUUGCUGCUGGAUGAUGGCCUUGAUGCCUUAGCUUCCUGGGCAUUUUGCUGCAGCCUUAUUAGUCAGGGGAAAGCUGCUUUUAAGGCACUGAAUAUCCACGAGCCUUCAGUUCCCUUCUAGUCCUGAGUUCUGAGACUUAGCAGAGCGCCCUGUGCCAUCAAAAUUAAGAGGCAGAGUUUGUCUCUGAAUAUUCCAAAUGCCAUUUCCCUUCCUGCCCUGAGGUCUCCAUUUCUGAAGGACACUUAACAUUUCAGAGCCAGGCUGGAAAGUUCUGUAUAUUUGAGCUGUGGCUUUAUUGCAUACAUGUUUUGGGAUGUGGGUUGCAGCUUCAGACCAGCCUGUGCAAGUAGACCAAACUCUAAUGGAUGCUGGCAUCUUAAAUGCACAUAUCCAUAUUUUUUGUUUUCUUGUGCUUAAAAUUUUUAAUUUUAUUUUACAAAACAUGCAGAGUAUCCCUUAAGAUUUCCGUUACAGUAAAAACCGUAUGCAGUAAAUACCUCAUCAUAAACUUACCUGAAAUUGAUAGCUCUGAACCUUUUAAUAGAAGCCUGUUAUUGUUUAAUGUAAUCGGUUUUCAUUUUAAUAUCUUCAGAAGCUUUUUCAUAGUACUGCAGUUUUGUAAUGAACCGUUUGAGUCUUCCUUCCAAAAGGAAGCUUUUCUUCCUUUCUCUGGCUCUAAGCCUUUCCUGGGGGUGGGGUAGCCUGGAAUUCAAAGUUGGAUGCAGGUUUAUGAAUGCUAGUAUCAUGGAGUUUUGAGCAUCCAAAAGUUCAUUCCAUCCUCACUUUAAAAAACAAGUUCUAAUUGUUGGCAUUUCUGCCUAGUGCCUUUAUGUAUAUAAUGUUCUUACCUUUACCGUGCUUCUGAGGACAGUCAAGUUGUGUGUGUGUGUGUGUGUGUGUGUGAGAGAGAGAGAGAGAGAGAGAGAGAGAGAGAGAGAGAGAUGGAAGCUCUUUCUUCCCCUUUUAUAAAACUGAUCCUGAAAUAUGCUAAUAUAUUAGUUUUAGUUAAAUACUGCUAAUUUGCAUACCUCUUACUUGAAUGUUUUCAUAUAUUUUGAUAGCUUUAAUAACCUCAGGUGAUGUCUGUAUAAUGGUCACAGUGCAGCUGUCUCUAACAAAUGUGCAUUAAAACUACUGAUUAAACGGUG